AUGACCGUGCCCUGGCAGCCGGGGAGCGAGGGUGACAUCACUUAUAGGGAACGGGAGGACUUGACACUCCGGCCCCGUUCCUGCCUUCAGUGCUCCGAGUCCCUAGCAGGCCUCCAGGUGGUCAGAAGCACCAAGCAGGGUGAUCACGACCAGCUUAAAGAAUUAUACUCGGCUGGGAACCUGACGGUGCUGGCUACUGACCCCCUGCUCCAUCAGGACCCAGUGCAGUUAGACUUCCAUUUCCGCCUCACCCCCCAGACCUCUGCCCAUUGGCACGGCCUUCUCUGUGACCAUCGACUCUUCCUGGAUAUCCCAUAUCGGGCCUUGGAUCAAGGCAACCGAGAAAGUUUGACUGCAACACUGGAGUAUGUGGAGGAGAAGACCAAUGUGGACUCCGUGUUCGUAAACUUCCAAAACAACCGGAAUGACAGAGGUGCCCUGCUACGGGCCUUCAGCUACAUGGGCUUUGAGUUGGUCAGACCCAAUCACCCUGCCCUCCCUCCCUGGGACAAUGUCAUCUUUAUGGUGUAUCCCCUUGAAAGGGACCUUGGCCACCUCUCCAAUGAGCCUCCCUGA